UCACUACAGAAUAUUUUGGCUUGCUGUUGCUGCAUAACUCACAAAAACACCAAAUUUUGUGAAGCAGUUGAGUGAAGUUCAAAUGGAAAGCUUCAAGGUACUACUUCUGGUAUCCUUGUUGUUUUACUUCACGCCCCGGCUCAACGCGUUGGACACCAUCUCUGCAGGACAAUCUCUCAAAGGUAAUGAGACUCUAAUCUCACAAGCAGGAACUUUUGAAGCUGGAUUCUUCAGCUUUGGAGAUUCAAAUAGCUUCUUGCACUUUGGUGUAUGGUACAAGAAUAUUUCUCCUAGAACAGUUGUGUGGGUGGCCAAUAGAGAUACCCCGCUAGGAAACUCCUCAUGUGUUUUGCAGUUGAAAAAUGGAAGAAAACUUGCUAUUCUUGACAGCAAAGGAGCAACCAUCUGGGCCUCCAAUUUAUCAGCAACUGCAAGGAAGCCAGUUAUGCAGCUUUUGCAGUCAGGAAACCUUGUUGUGAAAGAAGCAAAUAGUUCUGCCGCCGGGAAUUUUCUGUGGCAAAGCUUUGAUUAUCCUGGUGACACUCUACUUCCAGGGAUGAGGCUCAGAAGUAGCAAGGUAAGUGGCCAGAUUACAUCUUUGACAUCUUGGAGAAACACACAAGAUCCUGCCAUAGGGCCGUAUUCAUUCUUUAUCGAUACUCAUGGCCUUCCUCAAGCAGUUAUUACAUAUGGAGGGACUUUGUUGUUCAGAGCAGGAUCAUGGAAUGGCUAUUUUUUUGCGGGGAUUCCGUCGAACACGCUGAAUAAGUACUUUAAUUUCACAGGGAUUGUGUUAACUGGGACGAAUGUUUCUUAUAGAUAUGAAAUUUUGAGUAGUUCCAUUAUUUCAAGGUUCAUCCUCACUUCAACAGGGAUUGUGCAGAGUUUUUUGUGGUCAGAUCAGACAGAGAGUUGGCAGCUUCUACUAGCUGGCCCUGGUGACCAGUGUGACAAUUACGCAAUUUGCGGCGCAAAUGCUAAUUGUGAUGUUAACAACAGUCCAAUAUGUGAGUGCCUGCAUGGUUUCAUUCUCAUGUCACUAGAAAAAUGGAACUCUUUAAAUUGGUCUGGUGGGUGUGUUAGGAGAACAAAAUUGGAGUGUGAUAGCAGAGAUGGGUUUCUGAAGGUUCCAAGUGUGAAGCUUCCCAACACGUCUCACUCGUGGUUUGACGUGAAGAUGAACCUGAAACAGUGUGAGAACAAGUGUUUGAAAACCUGCUCUUGCACUGCAUAUGCAUAUUUGGAUGUUAGAGAUGGUGGAAGUGGUUGCUUGCUUUGGUUUAGUGACAUUGUAGAUAUGAGAACUCUAUCACCUGGAGCACAAGACCUUUAUGUAAAAGUGGCAGCUUCAGAACUAGGCCAUAAAGGGAACAAAAAGCUUCUGGCAGGAAUUCUAGCAGGCUCCAUUUCCCUAAUCUUGGUUAUAAUUGUAAUAGUAACUGGAGUGGUCAUCCUGUGGUGGAGAAUGAAACUUAAGAAGAAAGAUAAGAACAAAACAAAAAUAUGGAGUCACACUGAUGUGAAAGAAAAUGAAGAUAUUGACAUACCAAUAUUUGAUUUUUCAACCAUAGCCAAAGCUACUAACCACUUCUCUAUUACUAACAAAUUGGGAGAAGGUGGAUUUGGUCCAGUUUAUAAGGGAACACUUACAAAUGGGCAAGAAAUAGCUGUAAAGAGACUUAGCAACAAUUCAGGUCAAGGAUCAGAAGAGUUCCUAAACGAAGUUGCGCUCAUAGCAAAUCUUGUUGGUCAAAGACUCUACACUAUAGCCUUGCCACCCAUUCUAUAAACUAGCCUUGGAAAUUCAUGGAAGGAAAUUAAUGCAUUGUCAGAGGGAUAGAUGGACGGUGCAGCAAUGUUGAAAAUGCUAAUAUGCAUACACACACAAAUGCAUAGAAAUUGGUUUCAUUUCAGCUUCUAUAAAUAGCAACGCAAGCUGAAGGAAAUAUUCAUUAGAGCAUUUUCAGUAUUGAGAGUUAGAGAGAAAUUUUCAAGUGUGAGAAAAAUUUCUGUGAGAGAAACUCUUGGGGUGUAAUUGGGUUGUGGGUUUGUGAGAGAGUGUGAGUGUUUGUAAACACAGUGUAUAUUUCUCCUUUCUAUAAAAGGUCUGCAGCAGCCCGGACACGUAGGCAUAAUUGGCCGAACUCCGUUAUCAA